UUUUAGUUAAAUAGACCAAACUUUUGUUUACAUGUCAUUUGGCUAUGGAGAUGUUAAAUAUCGAUCAAGAUGUCAGAGAAAUGCGUAGUUUUUCAAAGUAUUAUUCAUUUUUAAUUAACGCAUUUUGAAACUCUUUCAAUAACUCUAAAACUCUUCAUUCAAUCCAAUCAUUAUUCUAACACAUUCCUGAUGCAGAUCGAAAUGACUUCAGAUGGCGAAGACAUUGUAGUUAACGCUUUUACUAAAGAAAUUAUUCAUGGCGUACCUCAACACUUAAAACUACCUACUUCUGCAAAUGGCAUGAAAGAGUUGUUUGUUUGCGAUGUAUGUAGCAAAGCGUUUUAUAGCUUACUUCAAUUAAACCGACAUAAAGCAACCCAUUUUCCUUCCGCUUUCUGCCCCGUUUGCAACAAAACAUUUUCAUCUGUUAGCGUUUUAAAUCGGCACAUCGUUACCCAUUCUUCUGUUAAACCUUACAAUUGUGCUGAAUGUGGUCGUGGAUUCGCUAGAAAACAAAGUCUCGAGCGGCAUUUGUUAUCUCAUUCCGAAAAUCAGGCAAAAUUACCAGCUCCUUCAAUCUGCCCCAUCUGCAGAAAAGAAUUUAAAUGGGCGAGCUCAUUGACAAAACAUAUGUCUGUUCAUUCCGGGAUUAAACCUCAUAUAUGUCUUAUCUGUAGUCGAGGGUUUCGUAAAAAAGCGUAUCUCAAACAGCAUAUAUUGACUCACACUGGAGAAAAGCCAUUUCCAUGUCAAUUGUGUGGAAAGCCAUUUGCAGAUAAAAGCUCACGCCGUAAACAUUACCGUAUUCACACUGGGGAGAGACCACAUACUUGUGAAGUUUGUGGCAAAGGCUUCACUGAAAAAGUUCAUUUACGUGAACAUAGCGUCACCCACACUGGUCAAAAGGAUUUUGCCUGUGAAUGGUGCGAUAUGAAACUAACUACCAAAAGUAGCUUACAGCGACACAUAAUGAAUCACACUGACAUCAAACCUUUUGUAUGUGAUGUUUGUAGUAAAACAUUUAGGAGAAAAACUGCUCUUGAUGACCAUUACACUACUCAUAAUAAUGUUAAACCAUUUCCUUGCACGCUAUGUGAUAAAAAAUUUUCUCAAAAGUAUCUUCUUAGCUUGCACAUGUUGACACAUUCUGAUGUGCGAGCAUUUUCAUGUGAUAAGUGCGAUAAGACAUUUAAAAGGCGGAAAAAUUUGAGAGAGCAUUUGAUAAGACAUUCUGAGAAGACUUACAAAUGUGAAGUUUGCGAUCAAAGUUUUUAUUUUCGAAGUCAACUUCGUGAACAUAGUUUGAUACAUACUGAUGAAAAUCCAUUUCAGUGUGCAACUUGCAAUGUUUUUUUCAAGUGCAAGGAAAACAUGAAGCGCCAUUUUAAAUACCAACAUUCAAAUGAUUGUGAUGAAGAUAUAUGUAACAUAGAUUGUGAUGAUGAUAAAAGUAAUAAUGAUUGUGAUGAACAUAAAAGCAAUGAUGAAAUUAAUAGUGCUAAUUCUUCCCAUGAAACUGGUUCCUUAAAUGAUAAUCCAAACGGUUCUGAAAAUCUUGAAAGUGUUUCAGACUUACCUGAGUCGUUAAAUAGUUUUUCAAAUAGCUUUGAAAAUCAUGAGAAUAAUUUCUGUGCUAGUUUAAAUACGUAUGAUGAUGCAUUGAUUUAUGAUGUUAAUGCUACCACUAAUGAGUAAAGCUAAACAAUGAGAAAACUGAAACACAUGAUUAGAAUUCUAAAUAUGUUAGACAAUGAGAGAUAAUUUAAUUUUAAUUUAUCUCUCAUGAUCACUUUAAUACUUUAAAUCAAAGUUUAAGGAUACAUUUCGUUUAUAUAAUGUACACAAGACCACAGUGGGAGGAAAUUUGAUAAAUUCUUCAGCUAUGAAUAUUAAUAGCUGGAAUAAUUACCAAAUUUGUUCUCAGGGUAGUAUUGUUUAUAUAGGUCAAAUUAAACAUACCUGUGUUUGAACUUACACUUAAAAAACAUGAAAGAUAUGUCCAAAAUCAGGAUGUUUGAUAAUUUUUUGUCUUACACGACUGGAAUUCUAACCAUAUGUUUGAGUGUCUCUCUGCUAAAAUCCUUUAAUUUGGCUAUCAGCGAGAACAUAAUAUAGCUAUCUAAAAUUACGUUCUGUUACUAUUGACCUUGACUUUUAGGAAUUUGUCCAUAUUUUUUAUAUUUUAGUAAAUGAUCUUUUUAGUAUCCUAUUUUUUUAUGUUUAGAAAUUAAUUUUAAUUUAAAUACUACAUCUUGCACACGCAUGGAGUUCUCGCCAUGUUUUCUAACACAACAUGGUUCGUGUUUUCCUGAUUUUAUUUGAUAAUUAGGUUUAAGCUUAUCCCUCUUUUUCCUAUUGAUAUAACUUUUUUUUCUUUUUUUGUUACUUGUUUGUCUCAUGUUUUCUUUAUUCAUUUUAUAUUUUGACACCAAGGAAAUUCUUAGUUAACAGAACCAAUUUAUUGUAUUAAUCAAAACUAUAGUCUUAUAGUAAAACUGUGUGAAAUUAUUUGUACUUUAUUCACAUUUAACAUUAUUCAUACUUAGCACAAAAUAUACUUUUACCUCACUUCGCUUCUGCUGAUAUUGGUUUGGAAACUUAAUGGGAGAAAUUUAAUCUUUUUUUUAAUAUUUAGAUAGUUAAUGUUUUAUUAAAAAUGCAAACAAUGAUAUUUUAAAUUCAUUUUAACAGUUCCAAUCAGAAAGCUUCACUAUGAAUACAUAUAUCACACCUAUGGUAUAAAUGAUAAAUUGUAACUGUCUCGUAACUAUAAAAUAAUCAUCCUUUUGACUGUUAAGCAUUUACAUAGUUAAUAAAUGUUUAACUACACUACUUUCAUUAGUAUUGCUGAUACAUAUUAAUAAUGUUUAAUGCUAUUAACUAAUGUUCUUUUUUAUAGAAGUACAUUAAAAGCUUGACUAUUUGGAAAGUGUAGAAAUUCCGGAUACUUGAGCACCAAAAAUCUUCAUUUUUAAUAUUUUUUUUAGCAAAAUAAUGUAUGACCCUGUAAUAUAUACAAAAGAUUAUAAUCAAUGUUUGUAAAAAAAUAAUAAUAAUGGGACGAAAAUUAAAAUAGUUUACCAUAAAUAAAACUGAAGGGUAGUGUUUUUUCUGAAUUACAUCAGUAUUUACAAUAGAAUGAAAUAUAUAAGGAAAAAAAAGGGCAAGAAUUGGUUGGUAUUUUAAUAUGUAUUUUUAAACACCCCAAUUCAUCUUGCUGAAUCGAUACUUAAAGGCAAGCAUAUAUUUUAAUAUUUAGCAAUUUAUUAUUAUAUCUUUGCUGAUAAACAACAGUAAUGUGAGAUUGUAAAAAGAUUUAAAACAAUAUUUUAUUAUGUUAGUUCCACUAAAUUUCCAUUUUCUUAUUGUUAGUUACAUUUUAUAUUAUGUAAUUUUUUAAAAACCGAAAUUUUAUUCAAAUACAAUGAAACUUUUAAGUAAUGUGACCUUUCGACAAUUUUUAGACUGGAUUCUUACGUAAAUUGAGAAAAAUUCUUAAAUUUAGGGGAAUAUUUAAAGGAAUCAUUGAAGCAUACCUUAUUUUUUGAAAUUUGGUGUAAAAGGCACACACAAAUAAAGUAAUUCUGGCAAUUAAUUUUUUAAAAUUUUUUUUUCAAGAUAGACACAAUAUCAAAGUUUUUUUAAACAGGUAUAGGAAUAUAAAUUGGCAAGUUUUUGAUGUAUGAUAAGUUAAGCCACAGUUUAAGCUAGGGGUGCACAUCCUGUGGCCGUUGAUGUGCAGCUGGUGAGAGCUUCUGAAUGUGUUAUAUAUAUGAAUGUGUAAAAAUUUUAAAUAGCAAAUUUGAGUUAUGACUUUUUGAUGCAUUCAAUUUACACAAAUUUUAUUGUACGUGAAUUUUUAAACUGCUCGAUGUUUGUAAUUUUCUUGUAGUUUAUACGACUUUCUACAGGAAAAAAAAAGAAGCUUUUUCUAUUUAAAAUUCAUUAAACAUAUAAUUUCUAGUUUUUGCAUAAAUCCUAUAAGUUUUCUUUAAUUAAAAUAUUUAGUUCAAAUUUAUAUUACUUAUUAAAAUAGGUAUGCAGUUUUUUUUACACUUUUUUUCUGUGAGCAUUAUAGUUUUUUUUUUGUUAGAGCUGUAGUAUAGUGCUUCUUUUCCCUAAAUAUAUAUAUACAUAGAUAAAUCAAUUAUUGAUAAAGAGGUGUAAAAAAUUUAAAAAAAAUAUAUAAUUCUAAAACUAUGUUACUAACUUCAUUGAUAAAAAUAAUUAGUGUUUAUAACACCAAUUUUAAGAUAAAAAAUGAUCAUAUUUGCCGCCAAUAUGACUGAACUUGUGUGUGGCCCUUCGUUAGUCAACCUGCUGUGCAAGUGGCCCUUCACCCAAGAAGGUUGUGCAUCCCUAGUUUAAGCUGUCAUAUAAAACAUGGGUCUGAAACUGUCAAAAGACUAAAAUCUUGCAUUUUUAGUCAUAAUAUUAGCUAUGAUGUCUUAUUAGUUAAGACAUCGUGAUCGACUGAGUUUGAUGUCCACUUAUGGCUUGAAUUGAAACCCAUCCAGCUUCAGAUUAAUGAUACCAGCUUGUCUGGUAAGUAAAAAGUGAUAGCUGCAAAAAUCCUGAAGACAUUGCCGCCAUCAUGCCAUUUAUCACAAAAUUCUUUAGGUUUAACUUUCUUAACCCCUUGGCCCAUAAUGUGAUGUUGUAUUAAUGCUUUUAUCAUUUUUGUCGUAGCUCCGACUGUAAAGUCAAUUUUUGUUAAAGGCUGUAAAAAUAAAACUUAAUUCUAAGAAACAUUUACUGUAAUAACAUUGUAUUGUUUUGUCCUUUACGCCAAAUUUCAUAAAAAUCGGAAAUAAUGAGGUCAAAAAAUAAUUUUUUUUAGACCAAUUGGACAUGUCAUGACUCUUGGAUAUUCUCCUUUAUAACUGAAUCUUAAAUUGUUACACAAUUUAUUUCAUGCUAAUAAUGAAACAAAUUGUAAUUGAUGUAUUUCUAUUGUCAGGAAAUAUUGUCAUGAUGUAUUAUCAUAAAAA